AUGUCGCCGCUUCCGACUGCACCACAGAUUGAGCCCUGUGCUUUUUACGAGCAUUCGGCCCAAUCCAUCAUUCCCCAUUUGGCUGGUCAGAUGCCAUACGCAAGUCCAGUCCUUCGUCGGAUCCAACAUUCUCUUUCAUACCCCUCCCCCACGGCCAAAAUCCUGGCAACUUUCCCCCCGGGCUCCGCGCCUGGAUGUAUAUCGGAAUCAGCAACCUCCUCAGCCCCUGCGACGGCUGUGCGUAGUGCCAAUCUUAGCUCCACCUCGGGAUCUGGUUCAGUCCCUUCCAGUCCCACCCCAUGGCUGGCUGCACAUGUGGACCUUUUCCGCGGCCGUGAGACCCAGAUCCUCCUUUACUCCAGUUUGGAAGCGGAAUGUACUUUGCUUCCGCAGAUCAACCCUGUCGCCGACUCCAUCAGCCCCGGCGCCGUAUCCAGGUACCCGGAAUUAGACACAUCUGCAACCCCCGCAAAGGCCGACCAAUUCAACAAGGAACAUCCCUCGCUCACGAUUGGUACACAUACAAGUGAGGCGUCAUCAGGAAAUGCUCCGCUGGUCCCCAAAUACGCCGUGGCUUCUCUUUCUACCGAUUCGAGCAGAUUGAAGACCGCUCAGCAUCAACUGUUGUCCCUCUUGUCUCAUCUCAAAAGUCAUUUGCUUCCUGAGUAUCUCUCAUCCCUGCCAAAUGGCGAUUCCUCUGAAGCCACAGCGUCCUUAUCGGCAUCGACGCCCAUGGUUGUGACCACGACGAUGAAGAAUGAAGCUUCCUCUUCUUCCGCGGCUGCUGCCUCUCUCAUCCCACCGCCUGAUCCGCGUGCCUUCCUCAUUGGAACCCUGCACACGGGCCUAUUUGAGCUGCUGCUCGAGUCUGGAAAAUACCCACGUUUGGACCUGGGCGGAGAUACCAUUCAUUCGACUGAUCCUGAUCCUAUUCCCGGUUUGCGGAUCCAUCGCUUCGAUAACCCGCCGUACUACAAGUACUACUUUCCCCGAGCCAAGUUCAGUCCUCGGGGCAAAGCCGAUAUUGAGACUCCCCUGCCGUCAGGAUAUAGAUACCAUGACCGCCGCGGGCGAAGGGGUGUCUUACCGUUCCAACUGGAUUUGGUGCAGAGCCGGACUACCAUCCCGCGGCCCCGGCGGCAGUUGUUGACUUUACCGAGUGUCGCCAUCUACCACGACGAUGGCACUGCUUCUUCUGCUCGAGACAUGACCGAGGGAUCUGCAGAUGGUGAAAUGCCGAUUGCAUGGGCAUUCUUGGGUGUUGACGGCGCCGUGGCGACGCUAUUCGUGGAACCUGACCAUCGCGGACGAGGUCUGGCUUUGGCUCUGUCAAUGGAGACCAUGCGGAAAGGCAUGUCGCCAGAUGGGGUCUUCGGGGCCAAACAGGCCGGCGUGGUGGAUGAGAGGACGGUCAAAGCGGUGGAAGGCUGGGUGCACGCCGAAGUUGCGGGCUUCAAUUGGGCCAGUAGAAGGGUGAUGGAGAAGAUUGGAGGUGAGGUCUUGACGACUGCUAUAUGGACGGUCAUUGAAGUCCUCUGA